CUGAGGUUGAGGCUAAGCAAAAGGGAGAGAAGGCGCCAUGCCCCUGCCCCCCCGCCAGUUCCUCCGCCUUCUGCUCCUAGCGCUGGCCGCGCUCUGGAGCCGGCUGUCGCUCCUCUGUCUUUGGCGAACCCGCCACCGCAGAGUCUACCUCAGCGCAGCCCUUGAGCCGGGCGCCGCCCGCUCGCCGGUGCCGCUCAGCGUCAACUAUCACUUCACCCGCCAGUGCAACUACAGGUGCGGGUUCUGCUUCCACACCGCCAAGACCUCCUUCGUCCUGCCGCUGCAGGAAGCUAAGCGGGGCCUCCAGUUGCUCAAAGAGGCGGGUAUGGAGAAAAUAAACUUUUCAGGUGGGGAGCCGUUUUUGCAUGAGAGAGGCGAGUUUGUCGGGAAGCUGAUCCAAUUUUGCAAGCAGGAGCUGAAGUUGCCGAGUGUUAGCAUUGUGACCAAUGGCAGUAUGGUGAAGGAAAGAUGGUUCAAAAAUUAUGGGGAAUAUCUAGAUAUUCUUGCUGUAUCUUGUGAUAGCUUCAAUGAAGAAGUCAAUGUUUUAAUUGGCCGUGGGCAAGGGAAGAAAAAUCAUGUUGAAAAUCUUGAAAAACUGAAGAUGUGGUGCCACAAAUACAGUGUUGCUUUCAAAAUAAAUUCUGUCAUCAAUCGUUUCAAUGUGGAAGAAGACAUGAAUGAGAAGAUCAAAGCUCUUAAUCCUGUCCGUUGGAAGGUAUUUCAGUGCUUGCUCAUUGAAGGAGAAAAUACAGGGGAAGAAGCUCUGAGAGAAGCUGAAAGGUUCAUCAUCAGCGAUGAAGAUUUUGAACAAUUCCUGCAUCGUCAUAAAGAUCUCUCAUGCUUAGUCCCCGAAUCUAAUCAAAAAAUGAGAGAUUCCUACUUAAUUCUGGAUGAAUAUAUGCGUUUCCUCAACUGUGUAAAUGGCCGGAAAGAGCCUUCUCGAUCAAUCCUGGAUAUAGGUGUAGAACAUGCUAUACAAUUCAGUGGCUUUGAUGAAAAUAUGUUUUUCAAGAGAGGAGGCAAAUACAUCUGGAGCAAAGCAGAUAUGAUGCUACAGUGGUGAUCAAACUGUUAUUUGCUGGACAUGUCUGCAAGUACAAACUGUACUCAUUUUACUCUCCUCUUCAGAGAAAGAUGCUCAGUGCUUUUUUUAGAAAGACACCAUCCUGCAUUCUAGGUACCAUAGGCGCAUGGUGAUACUCCAGCGCUGCUUAUUGCAAACAAAAGAGUAUCUGAAGUUUUGUUCACAAGCAAUGAAUUGCACCAGCAACCAGCACAAAAUAUGUUGGCUUUAGAAAGACACUUGUCCAGUAGUCAAAUGCUGAAUAUCGGGAAACCAUCUGGGCUGCAAGACCCUGGCUGCUCCCAUGUUGUAGGACUGCAGAGGUGAAUUUUAAAAUAUUUAAUGCCAGUGGGACUCUGCUAUGUAAAGAAAAAGGAGAUGGUGAUUGUUUGUGAACACAUGAAUGCUUGGAUACCAAUUUACAUACGUAAGGUCAGGGUCAUUAAACUAAAGUUUUGGGAGGAAUAGUUGUAAACAGAAGAUACAGCAGAAUAUCAGGGUACCAUGGUUAUCACAAGUGUGUUACUGAAAAUGAUCCACAAUAAAUUUUUUAGAUCUUGGUUGGCAAUCUUUGGGUGACCCAAAACUGCCCUUAAUGCUUCUAGGAAAAGCAUAGCAGGUGGGCAGAGAGAACAAAGGCCAAUGUGAGUAGGGCUGCCCAGGGUUAGUAUUUUCUGCAUUUUUCUAAGGUUCUUUUGUUUGUGUGUGUGGAAUGUGAGUUUUGUUGGCAAUACUGCAGAUAGCCAAUUUCAGGCCUUCUGCAUGUUUCUUACCUCAGAAUAUAUGUGGAACUGUAGCACUGGCUUCUGCAACUUCAGUUAUCAAUUCUGGAAGUGAAAUGAAAGUGAAGGCUCCAAGGGCUGCUGAUUUACACUCCUAUCAUUAACUUAUAUCGUGGAGCUAUAUAUAUGAUCAUUUUUAAAAGAGAAAAUUCUAAAUCCACUUAUGGUUAACAAUGGCUAAUACACCUUUGGAAUAAUCUGUGGAAAAUAAAGGAAGAUAUGUUUUAUUUUGUGAUAUGGUUUUCUGGUUAAUAUUGUUUUCAUUGUUUUCAACUGUUGUAUUGUUUUGUUGUUUUCAUACUGUUUUUAACUGUUUGUGAGCUACCCAGAGUCAUAUAUGGAGAUGGGGAGCUAUAUAAAUUCAAUAAACAUGAUAUAUA